AUGGCUAAAGCUAUUCACCCUGCUAGUCUGCUCCUAAAUGUCGUUGGAUUAUACUCCAAUUCCUAUGCAUUUAAAAGCAUGCUACGCGUGCCUCUCCCACUGGGAUUCGGUGGUCUAUUCCAAUUUCUUACAAUUAUCAGUCUGACCGCUAGUACUAUAACAUUUUCUCUCCAAAUUUUGCGUUUCUUUUUCCCAAAACCCCUACAAGGCGCGUACCAAGCAGUCUCUGGGCUUGCCACUCCUAUGGAGGGCUUGGUGAGCUUGAUGUAUUGGCCAAUGAUGCUGCACAGCCGUGAUUUGCUUGUCCCCAAGGGAUCUCCUUUUGAUUUACCCUUGAUUCUCGAUUUAUCCCUUCAUCUCUGGCCUGCGGUCAUCCUUUACAUCGAUCUUUUCGUUUUCAACAGCGAGUACAAACGCUCCACUCACAAUGUUACUGCGAUCUAUGUAUUCUGCACCCUCUACUUUUUCUGGUCAUCCUACUGUAGAUCUGUAAACGGAUUUUGGGUUUAUCCUUUCUUGGAUUUCUUCUCAGUUCCUGGGCGUGCAGCUUUCUUUGUCGUUUGUGCCACUGUUUGCGUCGGGCUGUAUGAACUUGGUAUGUAUUACUACAAGAUAUCCCACGAUGUUGCGAUCCAGACAAUUGAUACAUAA